AUUUUUCAACGAUUAAUACCUGAAACGAAAGCGAAAUUGCUCUUUCUACUGUUUGCUUCAUCCCGGUUCUUGCGUAGGUAGAAAUGUCUGCUGAGGAUUUCAGCAUUGUUACAGACGGCGAGUCUUUGAGAUGUCAGGACAGUGUACUGGAGAUCAACAAAUACAAGGCACAAUAUGAAGCAAUACUGAAGGAACAACAAAUACUGAGAGAUGGCAUAGAUACCAACAAAUACUAUGCCAAGGAAUUUAAACAACGAGCUAAUGAAAAGAAAGCAUUAUGUGAAGAAGAAAACAAGAAACGUACUAAGACAACUCAGAAAGAGAAGGAGAAAUGCAGAGCUGUACAGGAGGAGAACACCAAGCUGCAGAUGGAGAUCCUGAAAAUAAAGGAGGAGAUGCAAAGCCUGGACUGUAAAAACAGCAGUCUGAAAAAGCAAACUGAGAUCUCUACAGCGGUGCCUGAGAGGAAGGUUGUGUUUCGGGGAAAUACAAAAGAGGGAGCCCAUGCUGUGGGUUUUGAUGUGAAUCCCCAAAUAGUUUAUCCGAUGGAGGGUGGAACAGCACUGAUCACCUUCGAGGAAAAGGAUGUGGCUCAGAAAAUAUUGAACCUAAAGGAUCAUUCGGUGCAACUUGGAGAAUGUACCAUCAAUGUGCAGGCAAAACCCAUUCAAUUCCUGGUACCCAGCAAUGUUGAGAUGGAAACACAGGUGUGCCCACGCAGAAUCCUAGUCUCCAACCUGCCAAAGGAAGAACCCGAGGAUAGAGUACUAGACAAACUGGACAUCCAUUUCUCUAGGAAGAGGAAUGGAGGUGGCGAGGUGGAGGACACUGACAUGCUACAUGACUCUGGCACUGUGGUCAUUACCUUUGUAGAUGAUAAUAUUGCCAAAGGUCUCUCCGACAAACAAGAUCAUGAUGUAGACUUUGGUAAGAAGAAGCACAAGGUGAAGGUCACUCCAUUCCUCAAUGGUGAGAUUUCACAGAUGAAGAUCUGUGACUCAGAGUGCAUGCACACAGUGCUGCUGACGGGCAUCCCUGACAUCAUGGACAAAGAUAACCUGCAGGACAACCUGGAGAUCCACUUCCAGAAGACGGCCAAUGGUGGCGGAGAGGUGGAAGGCAUCGUCUACAACCCUCUAGGCCACACCACCCUGGCUUUGUUUGAUGAGGACAGCCAGAGUGAAAGCUAAAAACCUCUACAGCCCAGAGAUCCAAUGCUGCCUUUAGGCUGGUGCACACUAGACGAUUUUAAGGCCGAUUUUAAGCCGAAAAGAUUUUUUGGGGGGGG